CCUCCAGAGCGCGUGCGCCCUGCUCCGAGCUGCUCGUGGGCGGCCAUGCUGCGGACCCGCGUGCCCCGCGGGAGCGCCCGAGUGCUCCGGGCGGCGCUCGGCCUGGGGUCGGGGCCGCGGCCGCGCAGGCAGCGCUGGCUUCAGCCUGCGGGCUACGACACGGGCGUCAAAGUGUACAACAGCCUCACUCGGAGGAAGGACCCCUUGAUCGUGGGCAGCGCGGACGGCGCCUCCUGGUAUAGCUGUGGACCCACUGUCUACGAUCAUGCACACCUUGGCCACGCUUGCUCGUACGUUAGAUUCGACAUAAUUCGAAGGAUCCUCACCAGGGUUUUCGGAUGCAGCGUCGUCAUGGUGAUGGGAAUCACAGACGUGGAUGACAAGAUAAUCAAGAGGGCCGGCGAGAUGAACAUAUCACCUGCCUCCCUCGCCAAUCUUUACGAAGAAGAUUUCAAACAGGACAUGGCAGCCUUGAAGGUCCUCCCACCCACCGUGUACUUGAGGGUGACUGAAAAUAUUCCUCAGAUAAUUUCUUUCAUUCAAGGAAUAAUCGCUAAUGGGCAUGCUUACCCAACAGCAAGAGGCAACGUCUACUUCGACCUGCAGUCCCGAGGAGAUGACUACGGCAGGCUGGUCAGCGUGGUCCCCGGCCCCGCCGCAGAGGCAGGUGAUUCUGACAAGCGGCACGCCAGCGACUUCGCUCUGUGGAAGGCAGCCAAGCCCCGGGAGCUGUUUUGGACCAGUCCUUGGGGGGAUGGACGGCCUGGCUGGCACGUCGAGUGCUCUGCCAUCGCGAGCUCGGUGUUUGGCAGGUGCCUGGACAUCCACUCUGGGGGCAUCGAUUUGGCUUUCCCGCAUCAUGAAAAUGAAAUUGCACAGUGCGAGGCGUUUCACCAGUGCCAGCAGUGGGGAAAUUACUUUCUACAUUCUGGGCAUUUGCAUGUGAAAGGCAAAGAAGAAAAAAUGUCAAAAUCACUGAAAAACUACAUUACUAUCAAGGACUUCCUGAAGACGUGUUCCCCUGAUGUCUUCCGGCUCUUCUGCAUGCGCAGCAGCUACAGGUCAGCCAUUGACUACAGUGAUGGCACCCUGCUCGAGGCGAAGCACCUCCUCCUGGCCGUGGCCGCGUUUGCCGAGGACGCUCGGGCCUACAUGAAGGGGCAGCUGGUGUGCCGCCCCAUCGGGGAGGCCGCGCUGUGGGAGAGGCUCAGCCACACCAGGGGGGCCGUGCAGGCUGCCUUGGCAGAUGACUUCGACACAGCUCGGGCGGUGGACGCUGUCAUGGGCCUCAUUCACCACGGGAACAGGCAGCUGAAGGCGGCCACUCAGGAGCCCAGUGGUCCCAGGAGUCCUGCUGUGUUUGGUUCCGUCAUGUCCUACAUCGAACAGUUUUUUGAGACUGUUGGCAUUGGAAUUUCUCUGGCUGACACACAGAAAGGCCUCUGUCCAGCACUGACUCCUGGGCCCCCCUGUCCUCCCAGCCAUGCCUCUGUGACAGAGGUUCACCUCAGCGUCCCAUGUGCAGCCAGCAGUCCGGUCUUGCCUUGUGCUUUCUCUGCACCAAGCUGGGAAUCAGCCGCUUCUCCGAGGGGCCGGGCUGCUCUCAGCAGAGAACCAUAUCCAGGCACGCUGCUCUGGGCCCUCGGUGGACAGAGCUGGGAAGGGACACAGGCGCCGUGUCUAUUUCUGUGUGGACUGUGCAGACUGAAACCCAGGGGUACCACCAACACCCCAACAAGCGGCUCCAGCACCUUCCCCGGGACGCUGAGUCUGUUUCAGGGGACGGUGGCUCAGCCACUCUGCACAGUGUGGUGGAGGAGCUGGUUCGGUUCCGGGUCAAGGUCCGGCAGUUUGCCCUGGCCACGGGAGAGGCCACCAGGGAGGCCCAGCAGCAGCAGCUCUUGGAGAGGCAGCCCCUGCUGGAGGCAUGUGAUGUCCUGCGUCAGGACCUUGCUGCUCAUGGCAUCAGCAUUAAGGACAGGGGCAGCACGUCCACCUGGGCCCUGAUGACUCCGAGGGCAGAAGAUCACAAACCAGGGAGCUGAGGACAUGUGGCUGGGAAGCAACAGGCUCACCAUGCAGUCCUGCUUACUAAGUCACAAUGAUUCCAUCUGCGGCUGUUGUCAGCGGUGAAAUAAACUAAACUGGUAACUAUACCUGCAGAAUGGAUACCUGUAGUGCUGAAGUGCAGCUCCCGGCCAGCAUGAUGGCACAACCCAGCUGGCCCCAGCCCCUGGGUCCAACACAGCCGGAGACCCACCCAGCCCUGAACCAGAGACCAGGAUGUGAGUGUGAAGGGGGUCCCGGGGGUCCCAGAAGACGUGGGAAGGGCAGGCUGGACCCGCAGAUGGGGUUCCCACGCUGUAGCUUCCUGGGGCCUCAGGGUCUUAGGGAAGUGCCUGCCUGGAGCCAAUACUACACACAGGUCUGUAAGGAAGAAACUGCCAAGUUCAUUUAAAAUGCCAGACCUGCCCACUGGGAUACACUCCCUCCCAUAAAGCAAAGGGACUGUAAUAUUCAUGGCAAAAACUUGGUAGUAAAAUCCCUAAAAAUAGUCCCUAUGGAAAAUAAACUUAAUUCUAUGCUGUUUUAUUUUCUAUGAGAAAAAAAGCUACAUUUCAAACUUAUUUGUCAGAGCACUUCGUAAUUUUGGUAAAAAACCUAACAUUA